AUGUUCGUUCACCUUGCUAAACGUAUUGCUAUGCCAAAUGAUACACCAGUCACAAAAUGUGGUUGGAAUACAGUUGAUGGUUAUGUAUCAGCUGGUUGUGCUGAUGGUCUUGUUAAAGUUCUUAAAUUAGAAAUACCUGAAGUGGGUGAUGCACGUACACGUGGUGUUGCUGGCCAAGCACAAUUAACAAAAAAUCAAACAUUAGAAGGACAUGCAAGUGCUAUAUCAAGUAUAGCAUGGAAUGAACAAUUUGGAAAAUUAACAACAGCUGAUUCAAAUGGAACAGUUAUUGUUUGGGUUGAUGGACCACAAAAUGAAUUUGUACAAGACAUGCUUAAUAAUAGAACAAAAAAUCGUAUUAGUGAUAUGAAAUGGAAUUCAAACGGACAAAUGAUUUGUAUUGGUCAUGAAGAUGGAAAUGUGAUUAUUGGAUCGGUUGAAGGAUCAAGAAUAGCUGGAAAAAGUUUAAGAGAUAAUAAAUUAGCAAAAGUAGAGGUAUAAUGAAUAUUUUUCUAAUUUCACAAAAUAAAAAACAAUAGCAAAAGAGUACAAAUUCUUCGGAAAUUGAAUUCAACUUAUUUACAAUGAUAAAUACAUAUUGUUUAAAGAUUAUUGUGACUUACAAAUGAAGUCUUCCAACUGAUUAAGAGAACGUCCAUGAGGUCAUCGAGUAUACGAGAUACUCGAUAAAAAUUUUUUUUUUGCUCGUUCAAUGCAUCGAUGUCUAAAACCACUAAUCCUAAAAUUUUAGAUUUUAAUACCCUCCCUAUGAAAAAUUAACCGAUAUCGACUUUUAGCACUGUCACAACUUUUUGGAGAAAAACAAGAACAAAUAUUCUAUAGAAGAUGUACUAGUUUGUGUUUCAACAGAUCAUUUAAAUUUUUCGUAGUAUAUAAAGAAAGAUAGAGAAUUGAAAUUUAAACAAAAUAAGCUCUUUUUUUUCUACAAAAUGGUAAAAAAACCUUGACUUCGAUGAAAAACUGGUUUGACAUCUCCUCACUUUUUUCAUGGUUUUUUAGUAGAAAAAUGAACAUUUUAAUCAGUUUUCAUUGCCAAAGCACAAUGAUAAAGUAAAAUAAAUAUGAUAUCGGAAUCAGCGUCAU